AUGACUACCGCUCCAAAGAACUGGCGAGACAAGGUCUGGCUUGUGUGGUUUGUCCUGCAAGUCUUCAUCAUCCUCUUCAUCGAUGGCGUACCCUACUUCUACCCAACAUGGCUGUACCAACCCAAGGGAAGCCCACUGCACUUCCUCCAGCAACUCAGAGACCAUGACAUCUCUACAUACAAUGACCCUCUUAUCCAGGACCAUAUGGCCCCCAACUUCAUGCCCUUCCUUUUCUCCAUCGAGCUCGGCUUUCAGCUCCCCGUCACCCUGUACUCCGCCUACCGCCUCAACAAAGGCACGACGACCGGCGCUCACGAGCUCCUCCUCCUCGUGUAUGCGGUGGAGACAGCCUUUAGUACCAUGUUGUGCAUGAACCACGCGCUGUAUCUCGACCCGAGCGACUUCACUCCUGAGCAGAAGGAUGCCUUCCUCUACCAGCUGAUGGGGCCGUGGGUUGCGUUUCGUGAGUAG